CCUGGUUUUGUGUUUUUUUCUAAAGCCUCGAUGCCCAAUUGUUCUGUAUGACGACACCUCCUUUCUACCCACUUUGAUGACGACACCUCCUUUGUACCCACUUUGAGCAACACCCAAGCAACACGGUGGGAAGGGGAAACAAUUCGCGGCCCUUCAUAACGGUAGAUUGUUUUCAUCCCGUUGCUCCAAUUCAAACAACACCUUUCCCAAGCAGGCUGUGUGUGCUUCUCCAUUCCGUCUCACUGAUUUUUGUUUUCGCACUUGCCUUGGUUGUAGCCUCACACCUCAUCCUAGGGGGACUUCGUAGGGCGGUUCGGGAGCGAUGGUUAAUAGAAACAUAAAAGAAGAAUCAACAAUAAAAUUCCAGCAGCUAUCAUACGAGAAUGAAGGCAACAACAGUGCGCCAGAAGCAUGAACCAACGCCACUCAGCUGAAGCAUCCUGCCCGAAAGCAAAGCGCAAUGGAAAAGACCGGCAGACGGAAAGCAUCCCCAGUAAAACCAUGAGCAACGAGCCAGGCACCGGCCGGGGGACUAUCCCCAACAAACCGUCGGACACUUCCGAGCACGACGCCGUCAACGUCCGGUUCGUCGAACGGCGGGAGCCGGAGCGAGCGUUCUGUCUUUCCUGUCGGUCCGAGUUUACCUUCUCGCUGCUGAACGACAUCAUCCAGCACUAUCUGGACCGGCGGCACGAACCGUGCUGCCGCUGCCUGUACUGCGACGGGCCGAUGUACCGGUACCGGGACGGGAAGGGACAGCUACAGUACUAUCACGACUGCCAACGGUGGAGACGCCACCUGGACCGUGCGCCCUGAGGCGUGGAAGGAUAAAUUCGGUCGAAUGCCGCUGUGGAAGUUUGACACAAUUUAUACCGUUUACAUCACUCAAAUGUUUCCGGGUUGCCGUCUGUGUCGUGCAAGCAUUCCAAAAUAGGCUUCGGAGAAAACUAUUCCCUCAGUUUUAAAAUCGAUCCUAUGACUACUGCGAUGACGAGUGUGGUUGGCAGAGCCGGCGUAGGGAAAUAAUGUAAUCAGUUGCUUUAAAUUAUUUUUCUAUGUUUUGUACAGGUUGAACCUUAAGCUUUCUCAGCUAGUUCUGCAGUUGCGUGAGAGUUAAGCGUAAUUGUAAAGGAUUCAAUUCCACAUAUCAAUCGAUCUCUAUGAGAAGUGUAAAAUAAUAAAUCGAACAUGGACGAAUAUCA